AUGUCGUUUUCGAAAUCGUCGUCUCUUUUGAGCGUUUUCGUGUGCGCGAGAACAUCGAGACAAAGGCAACGUUAUUAUACCCCUAAAAACGGGGCUCAGAGCGCACACAUUAAAUAUCAAAAACAUCAGAAACAACGCGCGACUGCUACUCACAGAGCGAUUCGACGACCAGAUCGAGAAGAAAACAGAACGUCCGACGAGGAGGACGAAGAUUUUGAGGAUGAAAUCUCUUACAAAGGUGGAUUCUCGUGCGAUAUUUCCGGCUCGUACGACGAGCAAAAUGGUCCAGAGGACAACUCCUCGAUGCGAUCGAACCGCGACGGCUCCUUAGUGGCGAAGAAACACGUGUUGGACAAUUGUCGAACAACCUUGGAUUUUAAGACGAAAAUUAUAUGCACGUUAGGCCCUUCGUCGAGGACGGUGGAGCAGUUGGAACAUUUGUUACAAACCGGGAUGUCGGUCGCCAGAUUUAACUUUUCGCACGGCACGCACGAGUACCAUCAGGAAACGUUGGACAAUUUGAAGAAAGCGACGGAGAAUACCGGGUUGAUGUGCGCGGUUUUUUUGGACACGAAAGGACCAGAGAUAAGGACGGGGAUGUUAGAAAACGGAGAACCGGUGCAGUUGCAUCAAGGGGAGGAGUUAACUUUAACCACCGAUUACGAGGUGAAAGGAAACGCGAAGAAGAUCGCGGUGAGUUACCCGGAUCUCGCCAAGGACGUGAAACGAGGGAGUAAGAUUUUGUGCGCGGACGGGUCGAUUACUUUGAAAGUUCUCGACACGGACGUUCGAAAAGGAGAGGUUGUGUGCAGGUGCGAAAACUCAGCCAUGCUUGGCGAACGGAAAAACAUGAAUUUACCGAGAGUGAACGUAAACUUACCGACGAUAACGGAAAAAGAUAAAGACGACAUUUUGAAUUGGGGGGUGAAGAAUAACGUAGAUUUCAUCGCCGCUUCCUUCGUUAGAAAAGGAUCGGACAUCGACGUCAUACGUGACGUGGUUGGAGAAACGCCGGGGAGGAAAAUCGGAAUUAUCGCGAAAGUGGAAAACAUGGAAGGUUUAGAUAAUUUUGAGGACAUCGUGAACAAAUCGGACGGCGUGAUGGUCGCUCGAGGGGAUUUAGGGAUGGAGAUUCGCAUGGAGCAAAUUUUCUUGGCGCAAAAAAGAAUGAUUCGAAGGUGUAACGAAGCCGGGAAACCAGUCAUUACCGCGACGCAAAUGUUAGAGUCCAUGACGGGCGCGCCGAGACCGACGAGAGCGGAAGCGACGGAUGUCGCCAACGCCGUCAUCGACGGCACCGAUUGCGUCAUGCUGUCCGGGGAAACUGCGGCGGGGAAGUACCCGUUGGACGCGGUAUCUGCCAUGGCAGAUAUUUGUGGCGAAGCGGAAGCGUUCGAGGCGAACGGGGCGGCUGAUGGGAGUCGUUCACCGCAACCGUUGGGUUUCGGCAUGCACACGUCCUCGAAACCUUUUCUGCGAUUCUCGUGGCACGUGCCUUCGUUGGAAUCCGUCGCCGCGGCGAGCGCGCAAACUGCGGAUGAAAUCGGCGCGAAAGUCAUCAUCACGUUAUCGAAAUCCGGGAACACCUCGCGAUUAAUCGCGAAAUACCGACCAAACUGUCCAAUCGUGGCCGUGGCGAUUAAUCGACCGAACCACGAUCACGGCAACAGCGCUCGGCGUUUGUUGCUUUCCCGCGGCGUCGUUCCGAUCAUGGAGAAGAUGGAAUGGAGAGGCGAGACGGCGUUACCGCAAGAGGUGUUAUCGAAUGCGAUUUUGUACGCCAGAGAUCACAUGAGGAUUGUAAAAACUGGAGAUUUAGUCGUCGGCGUCCAUCGAUUACACGGCGAUCCGUUGAUGAAAGUCGUCGAGGUUCCGUAG